CUCACAUCAGAAUCCAUCUACACCACCCAAGUUUGAUUUUAUGUGCUCCUGAUUUCCAAAAAAAAUACCCUAACAGCCAUGCGAGGCAGAACCAACAUGCUGCUGGGCUUCGUGCUCCUCUGCUCCGCCUCCCUGCUCUACCUGGGCAUGAACACUAUAGACUGCCCUCGGAAAAGCCACCGCUACCACUGGAUGAAACUCAAUAUGGCCUCGGGCAAUCAGAGUCUGCCACACUUCCCGGAAGACACGCCCCUCAUCUUCAUCGGGGGUUUUCCUCGGAGCGGCACCACGCUGAUGCGCGUGAUGCUGGAUGCGCACAGCGCCGUUCGGUGCGGCGAGGAGACCAGGGUGAUCCCUCGCCUCCUGGCUAUGAGGGCUACCUGGAGUCGCUCCGACAGGGAGAGGAUACGCCUGGACGAGGCCGGCGUGACUGACCAGGUGCUGGACGCAGCGGUGCGAGCCUUUCUGUUGGAGGUGAUAGUCGGCCAUGGAGAGCCUGCACCUCGUCUUUGCAACAAGGACCCAUUUGCGUUGAAGUCCCUGUCUUAUUUGGCGCGCAUCUUCCCCAAAGCCAAGUUUGUCCUCAUGCUGAGAGACGGACGGGCAACCGUCCACUCCAUGAUAUCUCGUAAGGUGACCAUCUCGGGGUUCGACCUGAGCAGCUACAAAGACUGUCUGACCAAGUGGAGCGGCGCAGUGGAGGCCAUGUUCAACCAGUGCAAGGCGGUGGGGGAAGCGCGAUGUUUACCUGUUCGAUAUGAGCAGCUGGUUCUCCACCCCGAGCAGGAAAUGAGGAACUUGCUUCAUUUCCUGGAGCUGGAGUGGGACGCCUCGGUGCUGCACCACGAAGAGCUGAUUGGGAAGGCUGGUGGCGUUUCGCUGUCCAAGGUUGAACGCUCCACAGACCAGGUGGUGAAGCCAGUGAACACUGAGGCCCUCUCUAAGUGGGUGGGAAACAUUCCCAGCAAUGUGAUCGACGACAUGGCCGAAAUCGCCCCGAUGCUCGCUCGCCUGGGCUACAAUCCGCACGCCAACCCUCCUGAUUACACGAAAGUGGAUCCCAUCACUUCUUCUUUUAACCACUUACAGAGAAAGAAAACGGCAGCAGACCCUCCUCAUCCCAGUUAAAGAUGGCGGCUCUCUGCCGCCUUACAGACGCACCUUGAACAGACUUUCCUUGCAGCCGUUAUCUCGCCUCACAGGGACGACUGCGGCGUUGAGAUUACAUUACAUUCUUCUUGAGACUCGUUUACAGUUUCCAAGUGUGAAGACUGGUGGACUGUUGGAUUAAUUUGCGUUUUAAAUGUCAGCUCUUCACCGUGAACCGUUUUCCACAGAUUCUUGACACAUCCUAUCAUUUCCUACCUGACAGUGUUUCAACUUUUCUCCCAAGUUCAUCGCAAUGUGAAUGUGUAUUCAGACCAAUAAACUCACUAAGAGCUCAGUCAGUGGUUGUCAAGCAUAAUGACUGUAUAUAUUUUUCAAAAUGUACUUUUAUUUUCUUAAUAAAUUAUUUUGGUUGAAUGUU